CUAGUCUUGCCUUGUUUGCUUUAGCGGCGGGCCGACCACAGAACUACUUUCCCGCACGCAGCAGCGUCGCCCUCUCGGCUUUUCUUUUCUUUGCGUGUGUGCGCGCCGCGCUCGCUUCCAAGGAAACCGGAUUGAUGGAUUGAUUCGGGCGCCCCGCGGCAGUAGCGUGCCUUUUCCACGCAGCCCGCUCGCCGAAGGAGGAGGAAUCGUCGUGUGGGCUUGUUUACACAGGCAGAUCCAGGAGUUGGAAUUCCCCGCACACGCGUUCGGCGAAGGUGUCGGGGAACCCUGGCGGCUGCGGCUGGUGCAAGAAAAAAGAGUGUGCGUGCGUGUCUGUGGAGGAGGAUCCAGAGCUUUCCCGACCCCUAUUAUUGUCCUGAAAGAAGAAGAGUUUACGCCACCCCCCCCGGCUUCCACCAUCCGGAGAUGGCAUUUUGGCUUGAGGUACAUUGACUGAGAAGAGAAAUGAAGCCCAGGCAGUGCAGACGGUUGCCUGAACUCCAGGUAUUCCACCAAUUUCUGGUUGCUGCUCUAAACAGUUUACCAGCAGACUUUCUACUGCUGCCAUUGUAUAGACUGUGGACUCCUACCAGACCUAGCCUAUAGGAGUGAGUUUCUGAGGACGUCCAGAUUCCCAUUUCAAGACCUCUGGCCUUUGGGUGCUGUAGAUGAUGCAUCAGUUACCCACCUUCUCAGCUACGCUUCCUUGAUCCAAGAUAAAGGCAAGCAAGAGGCAAUUUAUCGGAGUUCCAGGACACAUGUGAGACAGUCAAAAAUACUUGAGAAUGAGUAUGAUGCCUCUGGGGGCAUUCCUUCUUUCUGCUCUGUGUUUCCUGGGGGCAGUCAUUCCACAGGGGCUACAGAAUGUCACCUUUUCACCCAACACCACCAAAUUUCUUCAUUUGGUUAUGGAUCCCAACUCGGGGACUCUUUAUCUGGGGGCUACAAACUUCCUUUUCCAGCUGAAGUCGAGCCUGGUGGUGGAGGAGACUGUUUCCACAGGGCCAUCCUUGGACAGCAAGGAUUGCCUUCCGCCCGUCACCAAGCAGGAGUGCCCCCAGGCCCAGGAGACGGACAACUACAACAAGCUGCUCUUAGUUAACUCACCAAAGGCAGAACUCAUCGUGUGUGGCAGCGUGUGGCAGGGGAUCUGUGAGAAGAGGAGCCUUGGCUUCAUUAACCGUGUCCUCUUCCAACCCCAGACGCCGGGAGACACUCAAUACGUGGCAGCCAAUGACCCCAACAUUUCCACCGUGGGUCUAAUAGGAUACUCCAAAGACAACUUGCCGCUGCUGUUUGUGGGGCGAGGGUACACCAGUCGGGGAGUAGGGGGCAGCAUACCUCCCAUUACAACUCGGAAUCUUGGGGCCCACCCAGGGCAAGACUCUCACUCCAUCUUUUCCUAUGAGGAAACGGCCAAAUUGGCUGUGGGCCGACUCUCGGAAUAUAACCAUCACUUCAUCAAAUCUUUCACCCACGGCUCAAGUGUCUACUUCUUAUUCUACCGGCGUGACCUUAAGUCGCACUCGCGCGAGUACAGGACCUACAUUUCUCGGAUCUGCCUGGACGACUCGCACUAUUACUCCUACGUGGAGCUGCCCUUGCUCUGCAGGAGCAAAGGGAAGACCUACAGCCUUCUGCAGGCUGCCUACAUUGCCCAGCCAAGGGGAGAAGGUGACACAGGUGCAGCCCAAGGAGAUGUGCUUUUUGCCGCCUUUUCUGCCUGGCAGGCUUCUUCUGGGAAGCUGAGCGAGGAAUCUGCACUCUGUAUUUAUAUGAUGGACGAGGUGGACCGCCUCAUGACUCAGACCAGGGACCUUUGUUACACCAAGGAUGGGAAAUCGGAGGAAGGCGUAGAAAUGGCUUAUAUAGAAUAUGAUGUCAGCUCUAACUGUGUCCAGCUGUCGGCGGACACUUUGGAUGCCUACCCCUGUGGUUCAGACCACACCCCCAGUCCCAUGGCCAGCCGGGUGCCGCUGGAAUCCGAGCCAGUCCUAGAAAAGCCGGAUGCCCGUCUAACUGCUGUAGCGGUCAGCAUCGAAGAUGGGCACACUGUCAUUUUCCUGGGAGACAGCAAAGGUCGACUGCACAAGGUGUACUUGGGACCAAUGGGAGACGCCAACCUGUAUGCUUCUCUAGCGAUCCAGCCAAACAGCGCCGUGAGUGGAGACCUCCUCUUCGACCUGCCCAAGGAGUACCUGUAUGUCAUGACUCAGUCUAUGGUAGCCAAGAUUCCCAUAUUUGAAUGUUCCCAGUACACUGAUUGUGAGUCAUGUUUGGCGCUGAGGGACCCAUAUUGUGGCUGGUGUGUUCUCCAAGGAAGGUGCAGCCGUCGCUCUGAAUGUUCCAGGUUUAAAGUGAGCGAGCAGUGGUUGUGGGGCUUUGAGUCCACCCAGCAGUGCUUAUCCGUCCAGUCCUUGAGCCCAGCCAACAUCAGCAGAGAAGAACAGAAAAAUAUCUUUUUAACGUUUUCGGAUUUGCCAGCCCUGCGGGAUGGAGAGUCCUACACGUGCUUCUUUGAAGAGUAUGGGAGCCCAGCAGUGCUGAUGGGGUCAGGCAUCAUGUGUCUUUCACCAGAUCCCAGCCAAGCACCAGUUCUGAAAGCAGGAACAGAUCACAUAACCAUUCAGCUGAUGGUGCGCUUCAAUAACAUCUUCAUUGCUUCAAUACCUUUCUCCUUCUACGACUGCAAGGCAGUGGCUCUUUUGAAGAAAUCAGCACCAUGCCAGGGAUGUGUGAGCAGCCACUGGGGAUGUAAUUGGUGUGUCCAUCAACACCUCUGUACUCAUAAAGACAUCUGUGAAGAAGGAACCAUUAUCUACAAUGAGAGGGCUCAAAUACCAGUCUUUAGCCCAUUGCCUUCCACAGCCACUCCAAAUGCAGCAGGCUCCCCCUUGUCUUCUCCAACAGUAGACACUGAAGCCCCUGUUCUCUCAGUCACGCCUGUAGCUCCUUCCACUCCUAGUCCCACCACGAUACCUGCUGUCCCCACCACUGCACCAGCAACUUCUGCCGUGACUCCUCCACAGCCAGAAACCCUCGAUCCCACACAUGCACCAACCCCAACUACAGAUGAUCUCACUUCACUAGGGACAAACACACACUCUCUGACGCUGCCCCCAACCCAAGUGCCUGCUUCUGCUAGUCCUACCUCUGAGCUUGUCUCCAGCACCCAACUGGAGACAGAAGGGCCUGUGAUGCACUCUACCUCUGAACCUGUCAUUGGCCCUGUGGACUGGUCUACCCUGCGUCCUGCCACUGUCGCUCACAGCACCCUGGUGCCUAUUGUUGAGGCACAAUCGCCUUCCCCAGAUGCUGAAAAUUCCACAAUUCUGGUCCCUUUUUUGGAGGCCCAGACAUCUCCCAUUCCCACUCCCAACCAGACAGAAAGUGCCCCCACCUUUUCUGCUGACCUAUCACCAGAAGACCUGGAGACAGAGCUACCUUCUUCUGAGGUGCCUCCUUCUACGGGCUUUCCAGACUGGCCUCCUGGGGACAGCUCUGAACUCGAGGACAGCACGGAGUGGAUGGAUUCACUGCCACCUGAGAAUGACACAUCCUCCUUCUCUGCCUCCAUCCUCUCAGGCGAUGGAGAUUCCUCGGAGAGUGACAUCUCUGAUUUCCCCAGAAUCCUCAACCCAGGCCUGGACUAUCAGUAUGACGCACCCGGAUUUCUGGACUUGGAUGAGGAGUUGAACCGGGGACCUGAAGCCUGCCCAUGUGUGAGAGGCAUUCAGGGGUCCUCUCUGAUGCCCGUCAACGUGCAGAGAAAGAUAACCCUGAUAGGGAGGAACUUCCACCUCUACCAGGAUAACCUCUGGGAAUAUCAAUGUGUAUUAGUUCUGGAAGGGAAGACCUUGGACGUGGAGGCAUAUAUUGAACAGGAUGAAACCAAUCCAUCCCUUUGCUACAUCACAUGUCAGCUGCACCAGUACAGCUACUCCGCUCCCCAACUUGAAUUCAGUGCAGUGAUUUUCGUGCAGCGGAAGCGGCACCUCCGUGUGGACAGCACUGAAGAUCUCCAUGUGACUCUGUACAAUUGCUCUGUGGGACAUUUGGACUGCAGCCGCUGCCAGACCGCUGAUGCCAAGUAUAACUGCGUGUGGUGUGGUGGGGAGCAGCCCAGCUGCCUGUUCCAGGAUUCCUGCAAAGAAGAGGUGGCAGACAUGUGCCCAGCUCCCCUGAUUCAUGCUGUGUAUCCCUUAACUGGACUGGUUGAAGGCGGUACCAGAAUCACUAUCACUGGCUCAAACCUUGGUCAGAAACACCAAGAUAUUGCGGAGAGGGUCACUGUGGCAGGAAUCUCCUGUGAGGUUGAUGCCCUGGUCUACGAGAUCUCUAGUAGUAUCGUGUGCACCACGGGCGGAAGCGGCAUAGAAAGGUCUGGGCAUGUGGUUGUGGAGGUUCCAGGAGGAGGACAGGGAGUCUCUGGUCACGUGUUCACUUACCAGAAUCCGGAGCUGAAAUCCAUAUAUCCAACUCAAGGCCCCAAGGCUGGAGGAACCUGCCUCACACUGACAGGCUCCAAGCUAUUGACUGGCAAUCCCAGCCAAAUCAGCAUUCUGAUUGGACACUUUCCUUGCUACAUUCAUUCUGAAGUGCAAGAGAAGGAGCUGCAAUGCCUGACAAGUUCCAGUAAGAUAUCAGUGGAGCUUCCCGUCACAAUCAAGUAUGGGGAUCAGGAACGGAGGUUGGAGCAUUCCCUCUUCAGAUACACCCAGGACCCCAACAUCACAUAUGCAGAACCAGCCAAGAGUUUCCAGAGCGGCGGGAGAGAAAUCAGAGUUCAUGGGCAUAACCUUGAUGUUGUGCAGUGGCCAAAAAUUCGUGUCACGAUUUCACCGUUGGAGCGCCGACGCCGUGGCCUGGGGAGGUGGCGUAGGAUUAUCCCGGAUACGGAAUGUCCAGAGAACGCUCUCUGCAGUGUCCAGCAAUUUGAAGAGCCUUGUGAGGUCAACUCCUCCAGCCUCCUACUUUGCAAAACGCCAGCCAUUAAGCUGCUGUCCCACUCCAUCCAAGUAAAAGUGGAGUUCGUCCUGGAUAAUCUCAGUUUUAACUUCAACUCCUUGCACCCAGCUGGCUUCUCCUAUGAGGUUGAUCCCUUCCUGAAGCCCCUCAAUACAGAAGAUCAUACCAAACCCUAUCGUCACAAGCCUGGAAGCGUCAUCUCUGUGGAGGGAGAAAACCUGGACCUGGCCAUUUCCAAAGACGAGGUGAAAGCCAUGAUUGGAGUUGGUGUCUGCUCAGUCAAGACCCUGACAAAGAACCACCUCUAUUGCGAACCUCCCCCUGAGCAACCAGCCCCUCAACACCGGGCCAAGCGGGAGGGCACAGAUUCGCUGCCGGAGUUCACAGUCCAAAUGGGGAACAAGAACUUCUGGCUGGGUCGUGUGCAGUAUGACACAGAGAGUCAUCUCACUUUCCCCAUGGAGGCUCAGAUUGGCCUAGGUGUCGGGGCCUCCUUCAUCGCUUUGAUUGUACUCAUCAUUGUCUUCAUCUACAGGAGGAAGAGCAAACAGGCCCUGAGGGACUACAAAAAAGUUCAGAUCCAGCUUGAAAAUCUGGAAACAAGUGUCCGAGACCGGUGCAAAAAAGAAUUCACUGACCUCAUGACGGAGAUGAUGGAUCUCACCAGUGACUUGGUUGGCACCGGGAUUCCCUUCUUAGAUUACAAGUCCUAUGCAGAGCGCAUUUUCUUCCCAGGUCACCGUGAGUCGCCAUUACAAAGGGAUCUGGAUGUGCCAGAAUCACGGAGACAGACGGUCGAACAGGGCUUGGUGCAGCUCUCCAACCUCCUCAACAGCAAGCUCUUUCUCACCAAGUUUAUCCACACUCUGGAAAUCCAGCGCACGUUCUCCCCAAGGGAUCGAGCCUACGUCGCAUCACUUCUUACAGUUUCAUUGCAUGGGAAGCUCGAGUACUUCACAGACAUCCUCAAGACUCUCCUGAAUGACUUGGUGGAGCAAUAUGUGGCCAAGAACCCCAAGCUGAUGCUGCGAAGGACAGAGACAGUGGUGGAGAAGUUGUUGACCAAUUGGAUGUCCAUCUGUCUAUAUGCAUUUGUAAGGGACUCUGUUGGGGAGCCCCUCUACAUGCUCUUCCGAGGCAUCAAGCACCAGGUGGACAAGGGGCCAGUGGACUGGGUGACGGGGAAAGCGAAGUACACCCUGAAUGACAACCGCCUUCUCCGAGAAGACCUGGAGUAUCGCACGCUGACCUUAACUGCCUUGGCUCAAACUGGGAGCACAAUAGGAGGAACAGAGGGUGCCCAGGGCGUAUUGGUGAAGGGCCUGGAUUGUGACACAAUCACACAAGUGAAGGAGAAGAUCCUUGACCAGAUAUACAAAGGGACACCUUACUGCCACCGGCCUGACCCAGACUCACUUGACUUGGAGUGGAGAUCAGGGCUGGCUGGGCAUCUCAUCCUCUCUGAUGAGGACGUGACUUCUGUUGUCCAGGGCAACUGGAAGCGUCUCAACACCCUGCAGCACUACAAGGUGCCUGAUGGAGCCACUGUUGCUCUUGUUCCUCGUAUGACCAAGCACCUUCCCAGGGAGAAUCAGGAUUACAUACCAGGAGAGAAGACUCCAAUGUUGGAGGAUGCCGAUGAAGGUGGGAUGAAGCUUUGGCACCUGGUGAAACCGACAGAGGAGCCUGAGCUGCCUAAACAUCGGCGAGGGAGUGUUCGGGAGAGGGAGAGAGCCAAAGCUAUUCCUGAAAUCUAUCUAACCCGCCUCCUUUCCAUGAAGGGGACACUGCAGAAGUUUGUGGACGACUUGUUCCAAGUGAUCCUCAGUACCUCCCGCCCUGUCCCCCUGGCUGUGAAGUAUUUCUUUGACCUGCUGGAUGAGCAAGCGCUGAGCCAUGGGAUUACAGACCCAGAGACAAUCCAUAUCUGGAAGACAAACAGCCUGCCCCUGAGGUUCUGGAUCAACAUCAUUAAGAACCCCCAGUUUGUAUUUGAUGUGCAAACAUCUGAUAACGUGGAUGCUGUUCUCCUGGUCAUUGCUCAGACCUUUAUGGAUUCCUGUACCAUCGCUGACCACAAGCUGGGUCGGGAUUCCCCCAUUAACAAGCUGCUCUAUGCCCGUGACAUUCCACGCUACAAGCAGAUGGUGGAAAGGUACUAUGCAGAUAUCCGCCAAACCAUCUCUGCGAGCGACCAGGAGAUGAAUUCUGCCCUGGCUGAACUAUCACGGAAUUACUCAGGUGACCUCAAUUCCUUGGUGGCUCUGCAUGAACUCUACAAGUACAUCAACAAGUACUACGACCAGAUCAUUACUGCCCUGGAGGAGGACCCGACAGCACAGAAGAUGCAGCUGGGCUACCGCUUGCAGCAGAUCGCCGCAGCCGUAGAGAACAAAGUCACAGACUUGUGAUGUGCGCAGGGGGACAGUCAGCCAGAGAAGAGGCAGAUAGCACCUGCUGCAGCCAAGUCCCGGCGCUCCACAUUGAAGUGGAGAGAAGCAGCAGCAGAUCAGGAAAUGCCAAGGGCAAAGGGGCCAAGUGUGCCAGAGGACUUCCUUUUUUUUCCUUUUUUUUUUUUUACAGACUUAAUAAUAAUGAUAAUGAACUUUAGGGAAGAGUCUCUCUAAGCAGAACCUGGGCUCUUCCAGUAGAGCUUGAGCCGAGUGGCCAGGUGUUAUGAAUGUGCCAAGGGGGUUAGACUAGUGGAGCUGUGGGGGGGGAUGCUGGGUCUUUGCCUCCCUGCCGCACAGAUUGAAGCCACCAAAAAGAAAAGCACAAGUGCAGGGGCCUGAAUCUGUGUGAGUUCCUCCAGACUUUGUUGGGCCCUGAAAGAGAACAUCCCAGUGCCUAAGCAAGGGAAAAACCCCUUGGGGGUACCUGUUGUGGAUCCAGUGAUGCCCUUCUCUUUCUCUGCGAGCACCAGGGCUUCAGAACAGGUGGAGACAUGCCCAGAGGAGACCAGCUGAGGAAGGACGGGCCAGCUGACAACUUGAAAAGUGCCGACACUCACUGAUUUCCGGCCAGCAAGCACCCAGCCAAAAAUACCUGGAACGUGGAGGAGCCUGUGCCUGCCUUCCUCACCCACAACCUGGCCGUGGUGUUCCUUGCAGCCCCACUGGGUGUGCAUUUCUUCAGCUGCUGCUUCAAGCACAGAGCCUGCCCUGCUCCCGCCUCCCGCUUGCUGCUGCUCUGAAUCGGACCUGUAACUGUAGCACUGCGGCGAGGGGGAUGUCUUUAAAGCGCUUCAGAGUUUUAACUCUUUCUCCUCCCCUCCCCCUACCUCUUUUCAGUUAGCACUUUUCCUCAAGUGAGCGUCCUCUUUCAUGGAGUUACUCCGUCUCAGACUGUUGCUUUACUCUGUCCCCCACAGGGUCUUUCCUAGUUCUGCCAGAAGUGGUUCUGAAUUUUUACAAAACCAAUUGGUUGUGCCUCUGGCUUCCUCCAAGGCCAGUUGUGGCGCCUUUUGCUCUUUCUCUGCGUGUGGUUUGGUUGCCAAUGUUUCACUGGCCCCUCCUCCUGUGUCUUUGAGGGCCACUUGAUCUACAGCAGCAAUGGCUAACCUUUGUCCCUCUAGGUGUUGCUGAAUGACAACUCCCAUUGUCCCUGACCAUUGGCCAUGCUGGCUGGAGCUGAUGGGAGUUGGGUCACUUCCAGACAACUUGUUUCUUGAGCAGUCGUCCUGAUAUGUUUGCACAAAGUUUGUGGUUAGGUUAGACGACACGAGCUAUUUACUGAGCAUUCAUUCCAAUUCAUUUGCCAGAAGGUUAGAUGCUGCUGCAUCAAGGAAGCAUCGUUCCACACUUUACAGUGAAUUUUCCUGUCACUUUCCUUAUUGCAAAAAGACCAUUUUGGGGGAGCUGUGAGUUUCUAGUGCUAGAGAGCACCAAAUCAACUUUAAUUGCACAGAAUGACUUGCCGGUAUGUGAAUCCCACCCAAAAUAGCAAGUCUGAAAGCGCCCUUGUGACCCUCGCGAUGUUGCUAGAGUCCAAGUUCUUCAUCCUUGAUCUUCAGUUAUGCCCACGGCAUGAAAAGCAUGACCUGCUAAUCCCUGUAGCUUUAAACUGUUGUUAAUAGGCAGAUGAGCAAGCCAAGUGGGGUUCUUUUCUAGUCAUUUGGCAAUUAUACCUUCUAGCUUAGCUGAAAUUGAACUCAAACUAUCAGUUGAAGCACUUCCUAACAGAAAAAACCUGGUUGUGAUGUGUUCACACUAACGUACCUGGUUCCUUUUCUCUUUGUCCCUUCAUAUCCCUGUAAUGUUAGUGCUGCCCCUUGUACGUUUGCAGCCCACACAAAACAGCACUGCUGCGCCCCAGUCACAAGCAGAUCCAGGGGCAAGCAACAUGUCAGUCUGCCACUUGACAUCACAGCUCUGGUCCUUGCAAGCCAUCGGUUUGGAUUGCUGCCUUUUUUUCAUCCAUCUUUUAACAGCUGCAUGGCAGGCAGAUUUUCAAGAGGCAAGCUUUCCGCUGUUGCACCCCACCAUCCCCCAGCAGCAAAACAGAAGAGGCAACACAUUUUUAUUGGACUCGGUUCUGUUGCAGGUAUAGGUCAGCUUUUUCUUAGUUCUACUUUUUAGAAUUCUUCAGCAAGCCUCACGAAGUUUUGUGUAAUUUUAAAAGGUUGCACGUGCCAGGAUCAAAACAGGUUGACAAGGGCCAAACAAACUAAGCAUGUUGUCGGAGGUCCAUGAAUAAGAUAUCUGCACUCUUGUUUAAAUUUAAAAGCAGGUGCAGCAUGGGAGGGGGGAUUCAACUCAGAGUCACAGUGCUGGGGAAAGGUUAUGAGACUUACUCCUCUGUGCCAUUUUCCCUGAUUUUGAAUCCCUCCCCAAAGCUGCUGUUUGCCCUGUGGCAAGUGCACAUCUGGGUACCAUAUAGGUGCUUACUUGCCUAUAUUCUCUUGCAGGACAAAUAAAUACCUGCUUCAGAGGAGGGGGAUUUACACUGAGGACAUGGCACAGGGGUGAAAAGGUUAUCUACCUCCCAGCACCAAAGCCCUAGUUCAAAUCACCCAUUCUCCUCCCUGACAGUUUUGACUUUUUAAAGAAUAAAUGAAGGUGAUCCUGGUCAUGGAUCUCCCCUGCAUCAUGCCAAAUUCAAAUGUUGGGGCCUACUGGAGGAUGGUGUAACACAGACACUAAGGAGAGCAUCUGUUACCAGUAUGAACAGUGCUGGUUUAAAUCUCAGCCUAGCCGUAAACUCAUCGGGUGCCUUAAUUCAGCCAUUUACCUCUCAGCCUCCUGUUUACAAUAUGGGGAAUACUUAUACUGGUUUACCUUACAUACUAGAGAGCCAGUGUGGUGCAGUGGUUAAGGUGUUGGACUACGACCUGGGAGACCAGGGUUCGAAUCCCCACACAGCCAUGAAGCUCACUUGGGCCACUGCCUCUCAGCCUCAGAGGGAGGCAAUGGUAACCCACCUCUGCAUACCGCCUACCAUGAAAACCCUCUUCAUAGGGUCGCCAUAAGUCGGGAUCGACUUGUAGGCAGUCCAUUUCAUUUUUCACAGCCUUCUAAGGCAGCCUAUUUCCAUUUGCCUUACAUACUAGUUUUGAGGAUUACUGAGAUUGCGUGUGUGAUGCAUGUAGGGAAAAAGCUGUAUUGCUUUCCCGUCUGGUGCCCUCCAGAAGUUUUGGUCUACAAAUCCCAUGAGCCCUGGCCAACGUAGCUGCCUAGUCUUCAUAUAUAUAUUUCCUUCCACCAAUUAUCUCAGCAACAACUAAGGAAGGUGGAGCUCCUGUGCCUCUUUACGCCUUCACUUCUCCCCUGUCCUGUUGCAUACCUUCCUGACCCACUGACUGUGGAUCAGUGCAAAGUGCUGUAUGCUCUCGCAACAAGCAAAAGGAAAAGGAAUGCAAGCAGAGGUAGGAUUGCUAACUUUUUUUUUUUAACCGGCCUCUGUUGUGUAUUUUUAACACCAGUCAGAUCUGCAGGCACUGGUAGGUGACCAUGCUUAUUGGGGCAGCAGAAUUAAAUAUAUCCCUAUGCCAUGAAAAACUUCAUCUGCUGAUUUCUGCAAAUCAAAAACGCUGUUGAAGAAAGAACAGCAAGCCAGACCGUUGUUUUUUUCUGGUCAGCUGGCAAUCCUAAGGACAAAAUGCUCCCCCUCUCAGUUGUUGGGCUGUUUAAAAGAGAGGAGCCAGUUCCCUAGGUAACAGCUUGGCAAUUCUAUCCCCAACAGAUUUCACUGCGUCCUAAAUAGUAGUAGGAACUUCUACAAUGGGGGGUAAAUUCUUUAGAAAGCAACUUCUAAUGGCAGGUGCAAUAGCUCAGUGACAGAGCAUCUGCCUUGUAUGCAGAAGGCCCCACGUUCAAUACCCGUCAUCUCCAGGUACAGCUGGGACUGUCCCUUGCCUGAAACUCUGGAGGGCUGCUGCCAGUCAGUAUAGACAAUACUGAGUGCUAAAUGGACCAGUGGCUUGACUCAGUUAUAUUUCCUAUUUGGGGAGAAGGGCUGCCCAACUGGGGGUGGUGGUCUGUCUUUGUUUCUUUUCUGGUUUCUUGCAAUUUUUGGCAUUCAGCACCCUGCUUUCCUUUCUUUGCAUUCUGGGCCUGCUCCCUAAAAGUGCUCUCUCAAUUGAUUAGUAGUAAUUAAUUCUCCAAUCUGGAAAGCUUGACGGACAAACCAGCCAGCGUGUUGUUUUUUGUUGUUCUAUAGUAUAAUGUUAUUGUAGAUACUGUUCUGAGCAAAGUAGGAAUUUUAUCAUAAAAUGAGAAGUUUUGUCUGUAAAUAAUCAGUUUAGAUCCCAGAUGACUUUAUUACAGAGCAAAAUUCUUACACGGUAAUUCAAUAAACUUUAAUAUACAACACAGAA